AUGAGGAAGAAACUAAAGUCUGAGCAUUCGAUGGUAGACGAGGAGAAAGAAGCUCAUAACGCUAUGGCCAAGUGGUUCAUUGCUUCUGAGGUUAAUCCUAAUACCAUUAAGACCCCUUCCUUUGCAAAGUUAAUGAGCUUCAUGGAACCCAAGUUUCCUCCUAGUGUUUCUAAAGUCGAGAAUGAAGUUCUUGAGAUCUACGAGGAGUGUAAAGACAAGGCUAAGAAUUAUUUCAAGGGUUUUGAAGGACAGUUAACACUCUCUUAUGAAUGGAUGGUUCUUGGUAAUGGCUGGGCUAGGAAGUACGUUAAAGGCCCUGUUUUGCAUGAUGAUUUUGUCUGUCUGACCGCUCAUUUCGUGGACGAUAACUGGAAGAUGAAGAAACGGAUCUUGGGGUACACUACUGACGAGGACAUACCUAUGGAGGAUUUUUAUGUUUACUCUUUCAGGAACGCUGUUCAAGAUUUUGAGAUUGAGAACAAGGUCUCUACUCUUCUACUUCCUAACAGUGAGGGUUUUGAUGAAGAAACUCUAGAUCCUUUCAUGAAAUGGAUGGAAGAGAGAGGGAACAAUCAGUUCAAUCCAAGGGUUUUGUUACUCUAUUGCUGCUCUGAUCUUUUCCGGUUAAUGGUUGAUGAUUUGCUUAGUGAAUUCAGCUGGUCCCUGCUAGAGGAUUUGCGUAUGUUGGUUGGAUGGGGAAGAUGUUCAUCAACCAACUGGAACGUCACUUUGUCUAAUCUGCAACGAGCUGUUGAUAUGAAAGCUGAGGAUGCAUUCUCAAAGGACGAGAUUUACGAUGAUUAUGACAAACCAUCUGAUGAAGAUUGGAUUAAGAUUGAAACUUUUUGCAAACUCACUGGUUGCAUCUAUAAAGUGACAAAGGAGCUUUUCGAGGGAGAGUAUUCAACAUCUAACGUCUUCUUCCACCUUCUUGCUGAGCUGAGGGUAAUGUUGAAUCAAGAGCUUGCAAGUGCUGAUAAUGAUUACUUCAUCGACAAAGCUAAGCAGAUGUUGGAGAGGUUUGAUAAGUAUUGGAACGAUAUGUUUUUGGUUUUGGCAAUUGCUUCUGUUCUAGACCCUCGGUUUAAGACGAAGUAUCUCGAGUUUUACUGCUCAAAGAAGGAUGUUAAUGCUGAAGGUUCAAAACCUGAAACUGUUUUGGACUAUUUACGAAAUCUAUAUGCUCGAUAUGCAGCUAGCGACAUCUGUCAAAAACCAAUAUGCGCGGAAUAUCUCAAAUUUGAAGGAACUCCAAGAGAGCAGCAAGAAUCAGAGCUUGAUUCCUACCUCAAAGAAGCGGUUAUGGAGUGGAACAAAGACUUCAAAGCAUUGGAGUGGUGGAGGGAAGAGAGCCAAAAGUAUCCAAUACUCUCCCGAGUAGCCCGUGACAUUCUCUCAAUACCAAUCUCACGUGCCACCUCGUAUGACGCUUAUGUUGCGGACAAAAGAGAGCCUCCUGAGUUUGUUGUCUCCAUGAAACCAAAAGUUGCUAACGCCAUGAUGUGCAGCAAGAAAUGGUUACGACUUUGCGAUCAAAGGCAAAACUAG